AAUCAGGACUUACUGCUAUAUAUAAGGACAAACGAGUACAGGAGAAUUAUGACAUAUAUCAAAAUUAAAGUUGUACUCCAAUUUCAAAGCAUGAAUGAUAUUAAAUACGGAAACUAUGACUAAAAUCUUUCAAAUGAAGAUGAUUACAACUGGAGUCAUAUUUGGUUUUUUAUUCUUUCAUUGUGCCAGUGGACUAAAGAUUGAAAAACCUCGAAAUCUUAGAGCAACAGUUAAUGGGAGCAAGGUACUUAUUAAAUGGCAGCCUUCUGUACCUACGCAAGGGGAUGCCUAUUACUACGUUGUAACUUGGAAAAGAACCAAUAAAAACGAAACAGAGGACUACGCAAUUGCUGAUAAUGACAAUUCCUUCGUCCGUGAUUUUGGCAAUGCCACUGGUUUAUACACAAUAGGAGUCCAGGCUGGUAAUAACGUUGGGAUUCGCAGUGAAUUCGCUUAUCUUUACAACGUUUCAAUAGGUGGAAAUUAUACCAUCACAACACAGAGUACUAAAUUAACAACCGCUCAGCAUUCAAAUACAACCACUCAUACUCACGAAUUGUUGAAACGAACGAAUCCAACUGCAAUGUCCAUGCCUUUAAUUGCUGGAGGUUCGACAGGAGCCUUUGUAUUCCUCUGUUUGGCUGUGUUUAUCUUUCUUUUCCUGCUGAGAAAAAUUCAAAAGAAGCGACGAGAUCGAUCAAUACAGGAAUUUGAAUCCCGUUGGUUCGAAAUUAAUCUUCAAAAGACAAACGCUGCGAUUGAACGACCAAACCGAAGUAGCGGUUAG